AUGGCAUCCCGCUGCAUUGUUUUCUUCAGCGCCAUAAUUGUCCUGGCUCAAGGAUCAAAUGUUUUGCCAAUCGAACAAGAAGCGGAGGUGGCAGUGCACUCUAGCGUCGUGUCGUCAGGAGCUCCAGUUGUCGUCGUUUCCCAAGGACAUCCGUCUGUUCACCAGCCCCAGCGUCCAAGCUAUAGUCAUGGUCCUGUGCCGGUUCCGCUUGGAGGACCUCAUCGUGUGAUCGGAUCAGGAUUGGUCGGACCUCGUCCUUAUGUGGCUGUUCCCCUUCGUCCGGCACCGGUAUCCUACGUUCGUCCCGCUACCGUAGUCAUUCCUGCUCCCCGAGUGGUUGUUGGUCCUACGGUUCCCAUCCGCCAUCCCAAUGGAGUAGCUGCCCCAAUUGUUGUUGGAUCUGGACACGGCAAUGUCCAUCAGAUCCGUCAUCACGGCCAGAAACCCUACUAA